AUGCAAUUCUACCUCGAGUUAAUUGCUCUGCGACUGACUGUGACACUCAAAGCGCUGCUGUUCAGGAAGGCUUUGCGUCGAAGUAUUCAUAGCAAGGGCAAAUCUACGACAUUGGACAUUUCCAAUCUUAUUUCAUCUGACGUCGACAAUGUCCUCUGGGCUGCUUUUCAAAUCAACAAUUUGUGGAUUAUUCCUCUUCAAAUUCUGCUAGUUGCCUCUAUGCUUUAUGCUGUUAUAGGUCUUGCAUCCUUUGCCGGACUUGCAGUGAUCGCAACGUCGAUGUUGGCAAGUUUUCUUAUCGCCAAGCUGUCGGGGGACACGUUUAUAGACAUUAUGAAGUACAAGGAUGACCGCAUGAAGACCUUAAAAGAGGUGUUCAACGCCAUUCUGAUCGUAAAGCUCAAUGCAUGGGAAGACAAAUUUGCAAAUAAAAUUCGCCAGUUGCGCGCUACUGAGCUAUCAGCAGUCAAGCGUUUCAUGUACCUUGCAAUGGAGAAGAUGUUUGACUGCAGCCACGGUCUUCACAGCCAUUGCGCUAUUUAUUGCUCUUCGCGACCCACUUCGAGAUCUGCCAAUGGUGAUCCAACGUGCAUUCAAGCUAAGGUUUCACUGGAUCGUAUUUCUGAUUAUCUGGCACUUGAUGAAUACGACUCUGCGAAUAUCACCAGAGAUGACCGUGCGCAACCUCCAGAUAUCAUUGUAAAUAUCAAAGAUGGAACCGGAAAGUCGUCGCUUUGUUCUGCAAUAUUAGGUGAGAUGAACAAGAUGGCAGGUGAAGUGUUUGUCCGGGGCCGCGUUGCCUACUACUCACAACAAACGUGGAUUCAGAACAUGACGAUCCGUGAUAACAUCCUAUUCGGUUUACCGUACAACAAGAUGACCUAUGACCGAGUUAUCUUUGCAAGUGGCUUGCUCCGGGACCUCAAGCAGUUUCCUGGCGGCGAUGCGACGGAGAUAGGUCAGAAUGGUGUCAACAUGUCCGGCGGACAGAAGGCUCGCGUGUGCUUGGCUCGUGCGUGCUAUUCGGGCGCUGAUACUUUGCUGUUGGACUCUCCGCUAGCCGCUGUGGAUGCGGUCGUGCAAAGACAAAUCUUUGAUAAUUGCAUCUGUAAUAUGCUGGCGGACAACACUGUGGUGCUGGUGACGCACAGUCUGAACAUCAUUAAGAGUAAAGCGGCCAACAUAAAUGUUUAUGUAGAAGGCGGUAAAGUGACGGUCACUAGGUACGAUGGCGCUCGUUCUCGAUCGUCUUACACACUCGCAUUGUCUCCUCUUUCCGAACAGGCUAACACCAACCAUGAUGGAGAAAGUGGCGUAAACGUAGACAUGAAUGCUGGUCGGCUUAUUGACGAUGAAGAGCGUAGAGAGGGGCGUGUUUCCAAAGAAACAAUGUGGCAGGUGUUCCAAAUUGGAAGCGAUCUGUGGUUAAGUCGUUGGACCGGCGAGAAGGGCGAUUUGUUCAACUCCAAUGACGCUGCUUAUAUUGUGGAGGUGUAUUCCUUGUUGGGAGCUGGUGCUGCCACCAUGGUUUUUGUUCGCUCCGCAACUGUGGCAGUUGUCGGUCUUCGUUCAUCACGCCAACUCUUUGACAACAUGACGUUGUCUCUACUCAAGGCCCCGCUUUGCUUUUUUGACUCAAACCCGAUCGGACGUAUUGUGAAUCGAUACGGUGACGACAUGUCUGCUGUUGAUUCUAUGAUUCCUUUUGCAUUCGGUGGACUGUUAGCAAUGUUUUUCUUUACUGUUUGUCAGUUAGCGACUGCAAUGUACACUAUCAACUUUUUGGGCGCAAUGGUCAUUCCGUUAGUUUGGUUAUACUUUAAGAUUGCCAACUUUUAUCUGGCACCGUCCCGAGAAAUUUCGCGCUUGUGGAAGGUGUCAUCGUCGCCGGUGUUGAGUCACGUGACACAGUCAGAGGAAGGUGUUGUUGUCAUUCGUGCAUUUGGAAAGGAAUGCGUUGACCGUAUGAUCACGGAGAAUUUCAUUCGCAACGAUGUGAACAGCAAAUGUUGGUUUGCAGAAACCGUCACAUCGCAGUGGUUCCAAAUUCGCAUGCAGUUGCUAGGUUGUGGAGCAAUUUUUCUUGUAGUAUCCGGACUGGUGUACCUGCGAGACUAUCUAUCUCCGGGGUUGGUAGGACUCGCAUUUACCUAUGCGCUUGGUGUCGGUAGUGGUCUUGCCAGUCUUGUACAGUCUUCCGAAGGAAGCCAGCGACCGCUUGUCAUCGAACCCAACACCUCCUGGCCUCGUUCCUCGACCGUUCAGUUCCAAAAUGUUGUUUUCAACUACAAGCAAGGCGGCAUGCCAGUUCUUAGAGGACUCUCCUGCAACAUCCGUAACAACGAAAAGGUCGGUAUCGUCGGACGCACUGGCGCAGGCAAGUCGAGUCUUACGAUGGCGCUCUUCCGCAUUAACGAGCUGGUGUCCGGCCGCAUCCUUAUUGACGGCAUCGAUAUUGCCACUUUGCCGCUGCGCGUGUUACGCUCAAACCUGUCCUUCAUCCCGCAGUCACCGGUGCUGUUCAAGGGUGAGUUGCGAGCUUACAUUGAUCCGUUUGAUGAGUUCACGGACGCCGACAUCUGGAAUGCACUUGACAAGGUAGGCAUAAAGGCGCAGGUAUCGGAAUUGGAGGGCCAGCUGGCGUACGAACUGAGCGAGAACGGAGAGAACUUUAGCGUGGGCGAGCGACAAAUGCUGUGCAUGGGUCGCGCGUUAUUGACUCGAAGUCGCGUCGUGGUGAUGGAUGAAGCGACAGCGUCCGUCGACCACGAGACCGAGAAAAAGCUGCAGCGGAUGAUCAAUGAUGACUUUCAGGACGCGAUGGUGAUGACGAUCGCACACCGGUUGGGCACGGUCUUGGAUUCGGAUCGCAUUAUGGUUCUAAGUGAAGGCCAAGUGGUGGCGCUUGACAGUGCACGAAAUUUGGUGAAAGACCGUAACGGCAUAUUUUAUGAGCUUGCAAAGGAAGGAGGCUACCUAAAAGGAUUACAGUAA